GCGGCUUAGUGUGCGACCGCGAUUUCUCGAGUGCGCUUAAGAACGGUUUGUAGAUUCGAUAGUAGAAAUCAAAUUAAUUCAGGCACAACAAGUGCGCACAAACAAUAACAAAAAAAAACAUAAUAAUAAUCAAUUUUAUCAGCGGCUUAAGUGAACUUUCAUUGUUCAACUUUUCGUUUUAUUUUGUGAGAUUUCCAGUUCUUUUUUAUUGACAGUGUGUUGUGUGCGUGUGUGUACGCGUUUUAGAAGACAUAAAUUCUAUGUGCUUGCCAUUAGGUUGGUGAACAAAAUGCAUUCAACUGCAAGUAGCUGCCCAUUCGGCAAUACCCUGAAAUUGUUUAUGAUUUUCUUUUUAUGUGCGCUGCAUAACAACUUAGGCGAAGCGCGUCCGCAAAGUGCAGAACAGGAAAAAAUAGCGGUCGUAAAGAAAUGCGGUUAUGAGAGCUGCCCCAAAACCAAACCCAAUAUGUUGAAUGUUCAUCUUGUGCCACAUACCCACGAUGAUGUGGGUUGGCUUAAGACCGUCGAUCAAUAUUAUUAUGGCAGUAAAACACUUAUACAAAAAGCCGGCGUGCAAUAUAUUUUGGACUCGGUAGUGCAGGAACUGCUACGGGAUCCCGAAAAGCGUUUCAUCUAUGUUGAAUCGGCAUUCUUCUUCAAAUGGUGGCGCGAACAAGAACCCGAACUGCAGGAGCAAGUGAAAAUGCUGGUGAAUGAGGGUCGCCUAGAGUUUAUCGGUGGCGCCUGGAGUAUGAAUGAUGAGGCGACAGCGCAUUAUCAGAGUAUUGUCGAUCAAUUUACCUGGGGUUUGCGGCGUCUUAAUGACACCUUUGGUGAGUGUGCGCGACCACGCAUCGGCUGGCAGAUCGAUCCGUUUGGGCAUUCACGUGAAAUGGCUUCAAUGUUUGCGCAAAUGGGUUUCGAUGGUCUCUUCUUCGGACGUCUCGAUUAUCAGGACAAAAUGGAGCGUUUGACAACCAAAACAGCGGAGAUGAUAUGGCGCGCUUCGGCUAACUUGGACGAUUCCUCUAAUCUGUUCACUGGUGCCUUAUAUAACCAAUAUCAACCACCACCCGGCUUUUGUUUCGACAUCCUCUGCGCUGAUGAACCGAUAAUCGACGCCAAGCACAGUCCAGAUAAUAAUGUUAAGCGCCGCGUCGAUGAAUUCAUCGCAAUUUCACGCAAUAUGUCCAAGGGCUAUCGCACCGAUAAUAUACUCGUUACAAUGGGUGAAGAUUUUCACUAUCAAGAUGCGAAUGUCUGGUUCAAGAACCUCGAUAAGUUGAUCAAAUACACAAAUGAACGGCAAGUAAAUGGUUCCAAUGUAAAUCUUCUCUAUUCAACACCCUCCUGUUAUCUGAAGUCUCUGCACGAUGCCGGUAUAAGCUGGCCAACAAAAGAUGAUGAUUUCUUCCCAUACGCCUCAGAUCCUCACGCCUAUUGGACGGGUUACUUCACCUCUCGUCCCACCCUAAAACGUUACGAACGCGUUGGCAAUCACUUUCUUCAAGUUUGUAAGCAGCUUACCGCCAUGGCGCCAAAUACCGCUGGCCAAUUUAAUCCACAUCUCUCAUUCAUGCGUGAAGCAAUGGGUGUCAUGCAACACCACGAUGCAGUUACCGGCACCGAAAAGCAAGCUGUUGCUGCCGACUAUGCGCGCCAUCUGGAAGUAGCAAUACGCGCUUGCGCAACUAACACAAAGGAAGUCUUAAAUCAGCUGACUGUGGACACAGCGUUUUCCGAAAGUGCUACAGAGUCUGGAACACGACAACGCCGAUGGGCUACUGGUCCGAAAAAGGAAUAUACGUUCACAUUUGAAACGUGCACACUACUCAACAUCAGCUCGUGUGCAGUACCCGAGCAGGCUGACAAAUUUGUUUUGACUCUGUACAAUCCAUUGGCUCAAACGGUUUCUGAUUUCGUGCGUAUACCGGUACCGGACGUGGAUUAUGAGGUUAAAGAUUUCGAUGACGUGACAAUGGAGACGCAGUUCUUGCCCAUCCCUGCACCAGUUCAAGAUCUCAAUUUCCGAAAAUCUGGCGCACUUUAUGAACUUGUUUUUCUUGCAAGCUCACUGCCACCACUGGGAUAUAAAUCUUAUUAUAUAACAAAAACAAAUGGUAAUCGUAUGAAACCUGUGCCAGAUCCUGUAAACAAGUCGAGUUUCACAAGCAUAGGAAAUGAGUAUAUCCGACUCAACUUCGACACAAACGGAUUUCUAGUAACUGUCACAGCUGACAGCAUGACACGCAUAGUCAAUCAAGAAUUUGUGUAUUACGAAGCCGCCAUAGGCAACAAUCGCGAAUUCCGUAAUCGCUCUUCGGGCGCAUAUAUUUUCCGUCCCGCCCACGAUCAAGUCCGUUCGAUUUCACUACAACCGAAACUCAAAAUCUACCGUGGUAAUCUAGUGGAGGAGGUGCAUCAGUCAUUCAAUGAGUGGGUAAGUCAAGUGGUACGUGUCUAUCGACAACAGCACCAUGCCGAAUUUGAAUGGCUCGUUGGGCCAAUUCCAGUGGACGAUGGAAAAGGCAAAGAGAUUGUUAGUCGCUUUAACUCGGAUAUAGAUUCAGCUGGUAUCUUCUACACUGAUUCUAACGGUCGUGAAAUGCUUAAGCGUAAGCGAGAUCAUCGUGAUACCUGGAAGGUGAAAUUAUUGGAGCACACCGCUGGCAACUAUUAUCCCAUCACCACGAAGAUUGCUUUGGAGGAUGAUAAUGCACGCAUGGCCAUACUAACGGAUCGCGCACAAGGUGGCAGCUCUAUGGGUGCUGGCUCUUUGGAAUUGAUGGUUCAUCGACGUUUACUGCAUGACGAUGCCUUUGGUGUUGACGAGGCCUUGAAUGAAACCGCAUACGGAGAGGGUUUAAUAGCGCGCGGAAUACACUAUUUAAUUGUGGGUUCAUCAAAGAAACAGCAAAGUCCAACAACACAGGCAAUUGAACGUUUCACGCAGUUGCGCAAAUUAUUACCAGCCUGGAGUUUCUUUAGUGAUGCUGAGAAAAUAGAUUAUGCUGAUUGGCGUGAGAAUUUCACUAACAUUUUCACCGGCAUAGAAUUGGAGCUACCGAAAAAUAUCCACCUUAUGAGCUUCGAACCGUGGCACGAGAACGAAGUGCUCGUACGCUUCGAACACAUACUUGAAAAAGAUGAAGAUCCCGAAUAUUCAAAGGCCGUACAGUUUAAUGUACAAAGCGUAUUGUCGAGUUUAAAAAUCGCUGAUAUUCGUGAAACUACGCUUGCAGCAAAUGCUUGGCUGGGCGAUAACCAACGCAUGGAAUUCGUACCAGAUGAGCCGGAGGUAGGCUACAAUUCUUAUGGUAUUUACCAAAGGUCACUGCAGCAACAACUUUUGUUGAGAGCCGACAGACCACUACUGGAUGCCAAAUACUACGACCCAGCGAAAAAUUCUAAACGAGAAGAAGACGAUGAACAGCUGGCAUUGCAAACGAACCGUCUAAAACGGGAUUACGAGGAGUCACAGGAACUGAAUCACGUGCGUGCAGAAAAGCUGCGUAAGCUGAAGGUGCAAAGGCAGACUUUAACGAAGGAGUAUACGGACGGCGACGAUCGUUUCGUCAUAGAACUAAGUCCAAUGCAAAUGCGCACAUACAUACUCACCUUGCAGAAAGACAACUGAAGCAAAAUAAACAACGCACAUGAAUAUAGUGAUUUUUGCAGUAAAUAUUUUGAUUAUAUGCUUAUGUAGUUCUACAUAAAAGACCCAAAUCCAAGAAAUUUGAUAUAAAGUAGAGAUUUUUUGUUGCAGUAUGAUAUAAUAGAUUUGAGAUUGAGGCAGUUGCAGGUACUCCAAAUAAAUGGAUAUAUAAUAUAUAUGCAAAA